AUGAGCCGAUUGGCUGUCGAAAACUAUGUGGUUGUUGGCAUAACUUUGGCUGUAAUUACAGCUUCUUGUCAGCUACUAUUCCUGCCAUUUUUAUUCUCUGAAAUUGACGCUAUCCGACACGAGUUUGAUGUAGAGAUUCGAGAAGCAAUGAGAAGUUUUGAGAGCUCCUAUGAGGUUUUGGCAGGGUUCAGGGGAGAACCUGGAGAGGUUAGAAAGCGAAGAGAAGCAGCUAAGAACAUGAUUCACAUGGAUGGGGAUACAGUUGGUCCUGCUGAUCACCCAGCUCAUGCUGCUGCAGCAAAAACGCACGGAACUAGACUCUCAGGAAUAGCUGGACAAUCGGGUGGGGCACCACCUUCAGGACCUUCACUGUUCAGUCCGGAACUUCGGAAGCUUGCCCGAGAGGUUCCCGCGCCUACUGAUGAUUAUGAUGAUGAAGAAUCAGAGUAUGAGGAUGCAGAAGCUAUGUCGGAUACUUCAGGCGGUGCCCAAGUGAUUCUUGGAACUAUACCUACAUCGACUACAACUACUACAGCUUCUCCUAGCCCAACCCCGCAGCAGCACCCAACACUUAUGAACUCGGGUGAGCGUCUCGGACCUCUUCCAAUCUGCCCACUCGACGAGAAUCGCUGCCCGAUGGGCCCUCCAGGCCCACCUGGUCUUCGUGGUACCCCUGGACAAUCAGGAACUGACGGGAACGAUGGAUUGCCAGGGUUCGACGCAAUGGACGAGAUCACCCCGAACUUUCCCACAUUCUGUGUUACAUGCCCAGCAGGGCCAGAUGGAACGCCCGGCCAGCCUGGAGGAACUGGAAAGCCAGGUCUUGGUGGGGCUCCUGGUAUUCUUGGUCCAAUGGGAAAAAACGGACAGCCGGGAGCUCCUGGAGGCUACGGAAGUCCUGGAAAACAAGGAUCCAUGGGAUCGCGUGGUGUUGCUGGAAAUGUUGGGCAAGAUGGUGUUGUACUUUUGAAUACUAAAGGUCCCAAGGGACCAUCUGGAAAGCAUGGAACAGAAGGACAACCUGGAGAGGAUGGAACCAACAAUAACACACCAGGGCCUAUUGGCCCACCUGGGUUACCUGGAAGUCCUGGAGCUCCAGGAGCUGCAGGAAUUCGUGGAAAACGUGGAGAAUUUGGAGUUCAAGGACAGAAGGGCGUCGAUUCGAAAGAAUGCACUUGCGAAUCUCUGAUGAAAGAAUCCAUUGUAAGCGCGGAGAACUUGGCUUACCUGGCAGUGGAGGCCCAAUCACAAGCUAUGGGACACCAGAUUGAUCUGAAAGCUUCUGAAAUUCGUCGAACACAGCAAAAAGCUUCUGGUCUGGCUUCAGGGCUUCCGACACUCAAUGAACUUCGGAAUAAGUAUCAAAAAGGAGCGGUGACAUUUGCUCAAGAGGACAGCACUAUUCAAAAGUUUGCAGUAGCGCCGAGUGAUGUUUCGAUUUCAGAAACGGAAGAGUUGCUUCCUGCUUCCAAUUUUGAAAGCCCCGCCGCCGAAAAAUCUGACGAAUCUACGUUUGCAGCGGAAUCUGAGGAUUCAGAGACUAUCGAUGAACCUAUGGUUCCUCCGAAAGCUCAAUUUCCAGCCACAUUUGCGAUCGCUCAGGCUGUCACAUCUGAGAACUCUGACACAUCAGUUUCGGAUCCCGAGCCUUUAGAUUCUGGGACAGGGCAUUCUCGUCCAGCUUUGUUUGCUCCUCCAAGAGCUCAAUUACCGUCGCAGUCGGUGCCUAAAGCACAGGCUCACGGAGCUAAAAGUCAUUCACGUGGUAGUGGGGAGAGCAAAAAGAAGUCUGCUCCUUUAAACGGCAACACUGAAAUAGUCAAGAAGACACGUGGAUCUGGAUCCACGAAGAGACGGAGAGUGGUGAAAGUGAAAAGGGUUCCGUAUAGACAUCCGGCAUUCAGAGUUUUUUCGACCACAAACGAGAAGUUCGCUAUGAGUAUGGAUGAAGGGGAACGAGGCUUCCGGGCUGAAAAGGAAAUUGCUCGAGAAUCAGAGAAAAAGGUGGUAAAUCUCAGAGAAAUCCGAAGAUCUCCGAAGAAGCUGAGAAGAAAGCUGAAGCCGGGGAAGACUGAGAAGAAGCUCCGCCGAGUACGUGUAAAGCCAUCAAAAAGUCUUGCAGACCAGCAGCGACAGAAUUCGAACAUUUUGGAAAAUAUUGCCGAAAGUUUGGGACUCAUCGAGAAUCAUCCCGCAAAAAUGAGUAGAGUUGCAAUUCCAUAGGAACCGGACAAGAUUUUGUUGUUACUAAUAAAUGUUGUGUUAAAGAAAAUGUAUAAUAAAUAUUUU